GACCUACAGUAUCGAGAUCAGUAACAACUGUUAGUAAUUCUGAUAAAGCCAGGAGAGCUGAAGAACAGAUGUUAAAAGAUUUAGAAAAUGGAACAUUUACACACAUGCCUAAUGUCAAGGAAGGUAUGAAGAGACUGACAGCCAUGAGAGUGACCAAAUCUACAUCACUACCAAAAGUAUCUAACAGUAUGUCUCCAGGGGAGGGACUACCAGAAUCACCAGGGAGACAAGCUAGUCAUGCUGGAGAUACUGUACGAUGUUCGUUAGAAGAUGGCCGAAAUCUAAUCAUAUCACCAAGGUUGCCAGGUAAUUGUAAACCAAUGCGUCACAGUACCUCCUCCUCUAUUGAAGAUCUAGAACUUUGUGUUACCAAUAAUAAUCG